AUGGCUUCCUCAGAAACUGAUGCUCCCUCUAAGCCUCACAACACUCAAUCCACACACACAAAUACAAACUCUAAUAGUAAAUCCAAUGCUCCUAAUCCAUAUUUUCUUAGCUCUAAUGAGAAUCCAGGUAACAUUCUAGUCACUCAGCCCUUGCUUGGCAUGAGAAACUACCACUCUUGGUCCAGAGCAAUGGUGCUUGCUCUUACCACCAAAAAGAAAAUUGGCUUCGUGAAUGCUAAGGAGAUGUGGCUUGAAUUGAAGAACCUAUUUUCACAAGGGAAUGGACCUAAGAUCUACAACUUGCAGAGGGAAAUUUCUCAUGUUUCUCAAAAUCAAAUGAUAGUUACUGAGUAUUACACCAAAUUCAAGCGAUUGUGGGAUCAAUUGCUGAAUUUUGAGCCAUUUCCAGAAUGUUCUUGUGGAGCAAUGAAGAUCAUGAGUGCUUCACAUGAUAUAGCCUAUGUUUAUUCAUUGGUACUUCAAGAAGAAUUACACAAGAACAUUGGACAUGGAAGUUCAGCUUCAUCAAAAUCUGAUGUAAUGGCUAUAUACACCAAUUCCAAAGGAAAUUCCAAUUGGAAUAAAGGUAAUGCAAAGAAAGACAAACCUUUUUGCACUCACUACAACAUGCAAGGGCACAAAAUUGAGAAGUGCUACAAGUUGCAUGGAUAUCCUCCAGGUUACAAACCUAAAGGGAAGGCUGGAGCAAAUGCUAAUGUCAAUCAAGUUUCUUGCAAUUCUGUUAAUGGAGCUAUUGUUAGUGAUGCACAUCAUGCUACAAGUGUGAGCACUUCUUGCAUUGCCACUGGUGGUGAAAGAGCUUUUGGUUCAGCUUCUGAUGUGGUUGGUACUUCUACACAAACCAAUCUCAACUUCAAUUCACCUCUAAUGUCAAGUACUAAUUCUAAUAUACCUUUUGUUCCCACUUUAGAGCAUUCUAUUUUUUCAACUGAGAUUGUUGAUAGGAAAAUCUUUAGUGAAACUAAUUGGGUUAUAGAUACAGGAGCAACAGACCAUAUGGUCCACUCCAUAUCAUGUUUUACUUCUGUUACUGCCACACUUAAUACCUUUGUUAACCUUCCAAAUGGUGAAACUGCAUUGGGUCCCUUUUCUGCUCCUACCAUUGAUGGCUAUCCUUUUAUUUCUAAGGUUGAUACCACUUCUGAAGGGUGUUUAGGUCCAUUUGUUACUCCUAUUAGCAUACCAAACAUGCACACUAAUCAAUGUGAGACUUGUCCUGAAACUAUUCUUUCUUCUUCAUCAUUAUCAUCUACUCCAAUAUGUUCAAAUCAUGAUCAUUUGCCUAAUCCUUUGCCAUCUGAUUCCACUACUGUUUUAUUGGAUUAUAUACCUUCUAUUGUCACUAACCCUGCAGUUGAAGAUCAACCACUCAAAAAGUCUACUAGAGUUCAUAAACCACCAAUGUACUUGCAAGAUUAUGCUUGCAAUUCAGCCUCUGCAUUAUCACUUGCUUUUGCUGGUUGUCACCCUCCAAGGUCACCUACUAUCAUUUAG